GCAGCAGCAGCUCCGGCUCCACCUGCCUGAGUCGGGAUGAACGGCUACGGGUCCCCGUACCUGUACAUGGGGGCUCCGGUGUCCCAGCCGAGGGCCCCGCUGCAGAGGACCCCCAAGUGCGCGCGCUGCCGCAACCACGGCGUGCUGUCGUGGCUGAAGGGCCACAAGCGCUACUGCCGCUUCAAGGACUGCACCUGCGAGAAGUGCAUCCUCAUCAUCGAGCGGCAGCGCGUCAUGGCGGCGCAGGUGGCGCUGCGGCGGCAGCAGGCCAACGAGAGCCUGGAGAGCCUGAUCCCGGAGUCCCUGCGAGUCCUACCCGCCCUGGGGAGCCCGCAGGGGCCCCAGCAGCAGGGGCCCCAGCAGCAGCAGCCCAGGGCCGCGGAGGAGCUGCAGCUGAGCUGGAGCGGCGCAGACGCACGCACAGAGGCGACAGACGACGGUCCCGAGGAGGUCUCCGGCGGGGAGAACGGGGGCAGCUCCAGCGACAAGGACCAUGACCCGGUCAGCUCCCCUGAGGGAUCCAAACCAAACUCCUGCUACACCCCCGAGCCCCCGGAGACCCCCUCCCACCCGGAGGAAAGCCGCUUCAACGCCCCCAAAGCUGGCGGCGCCGACAAGGAGGCCAAAGCCGACAGUCCGCCCCAGAAGUACGCGGUGGGCGGCGGGGAGCAGAGCGUGCUCAUCGAGGGCCUGGCCGGCUCCAUCAGCCUGCCCUUCAGCCUCCGGGCCAACCGGCCCCCCCUGGACGUCCUCAAGAAGAUCUUCCCGGCCCACAAGCCCCCGGUGCUGGAGCUCAUCCUGCGGGGCUGCGGGGGGGACCUGGUGGGGGCCAUCGAGGUGCUGCUGUCCAGUCGGAGCCCCGACGGGGGCGGGCCCCCCCACGGGGAGCCCCCCGACGCGCUGGUGCUGCCCACUAACGGACCGCUGUUCGAGUCCCCGCUGGGCUCCUACCACCCGGUGUCCUCCCCCGCCAAGUGGUCGGUGGGCUCGGCCUUCCGGGUCCCGGACUCCUCUUCGGGGGUGGUGGGCGUCCCCCUGCAGCCGCCGCCCUUCCCGCAGCCCCCCCGCUACCCGCUCAUGCUGCGCAGCUCCCUGACCCGGGGCCAGGGCACCCCCUUCAUGCCCAACGACGUGACUCUGUGGAACACGGUGGCGCUGCAGCAGCAGUACCAUCUGCGCUCGGCGGCCCAGUACGUGUCUCCGUUCAGCCCGGCGGGCCCGGCGGGGGCCGUGUUCCGCAGCCCCCCCAUCCUCCCCAGCAGACCCCCCGAGGAGGAGAGCUGCCCCCUGGGGGCCAAACCCGGCCUGUACUCCCCGGAGGAGGACUACGAGGAGCGCUCGGACUCCGCAGACUCCCGCAUCCUCAACUCCUCCACCUGAACCCGUACGCCGGGGGGGGGGGGGCACCAAAAACGUAUUAUUGUGAAUGGACAGCAGUUGUUUAUGUUUUGUUUGAGUUGUGUCGCGCAAUCACCCACUAAUAAACGCUGUUCCUUUGAGCAGGGCCGGCUCUAGGUGGAGCUGUGGGGGCCGGGGGCCCGUGUUUCAGUGUGGUGUGAUGGGGAGGCUCCUUCCCGACUCUGGAGCUCAAAUUCAAGUUAAAACUCAGAAAUAAUAAAACUUUACGAACCUCCAAAACUUUAAGAAAGCUAAAACAUUCUUACAUUAGAAGAAAUUAGUAAAACUUUUACAAACCUGCAAGCUUGUGACAAAACUCUGGAUUUCUUUCUUUAUAAAACUUAAUUUAUAACUAAAAAUCUGCAAGAGAAAAAAAUGAAUAAGCUGUGACUUUGUAACUCUAAAGAAUCUCAUAUCUCACCGAUAAAACCGGGGAAAUUGUAAUUGUUGAACUUUCAAAUUUCUGAGAAAACUUUAUAAACUCAAAUGUCCCAACUCUGAAACUUCUGGUUUUAUAACUCACGAGAAAAUCCUGAAGUUUUUACUUUAUACCCUGCAAAUGUCUAAUAAAGAACUGAUUCCUGAUUUAAGCUCUUACUAAGGACAGAUGAAGACGGCUUCCUCUGUCCCUCAUAAAUACUGGAAGGACCCGGCCGCAGACUGAGAAGCACAUGGAGAUCCACUGACCUCCUCUCUGGACCAGAUCCAUGUGGAUUCCCACCAACGGGGGGCGCUCUCCUGACAUCUCCCGUAACCCUGGAGGUCUCCUGGCUCCGGUCUCGGGUGGAGCUCAGUGGAGCUCCACUCCACACACAUUCUCCAGCGUGGUGCUCUGGUAGUCUUGAGGGCGCCCCCUGGUGGAUCAGAGGACAUUCUGCAUCUGCAAAGUCCACCUGCCUGGAGAAACGGCUCCGUCUCAUGAUGAACUUGACCAAAAACGGAUGAAUGUAACAGACUGAUGACAUGUCAUGGAGCAACUUCCUGUGAGCAUGUUUAUUCCUGCGAACUCCUCUGAUGUUUCGAUCACCUCUGCAUGUUGAGUAUGCCAAAUAA